UGCGUGUGUUGAACGGUCUGCGAGUGGUGAGCGAAACUUGACGCCACAAAAUGAUUCGGGAACUUGAGAACAGGUCUCAAAUGGGCAGCAUGGCGUGGGACACGCGCCUUCAGCACGAUCAAUUGACUGACACAGCUCACAUCUCAUCAGCCCUCCUACACAACCGAACAACGCUUCCAACCUCAGUGCAUGGCAAUUGUCGAGGUCUGGCAAGUCUGCCAGGUUAUAAUCUUCAGACAUUCGUUGUCGCCGUUGCACGGGCUAUCGCACCGAAGGGCCAAAGGCUGUACUGCUGCACGCCACCUUAUCUUUCGCUGAACGCCUGCCACGCCUGCAAGCAGCAUGGGAAGAACCGGCUCUGAAGCAUAUAUACGUGUGCCUUGUGGCAAGCCAUCGGAAAGGUAUAUUUUUUUCGAUUGAAUUCAAGGCCCUUCUUCUUCCUUCUCCUUGACUACUUACAGCCUCCAUGCCCCCCUUAUCUGCCUCUUACGCGUUGAAACCUCGCCUGCUGAUGACUAUCUUUGUGUCACUUUACUUUCACUUUUCUUCGUACUUUAUCCUUGAUCCGCCGGGGGGAUUUCGAUGUCAUGAUUUACACAUUGUUCAGAUCAUCUCGCGUACGACCAACCCCUCCAAUGCCCGGGAUAGUACCGCCACUGCCUGCUGGGUACAAUCCCGAGACCUACUUGGCAUAACUUAUUGGUACAUCAGCUAUUGACAGGGGUCAUAGUGGUUCAGUGACGAAGUGCGUGUCACCAGGGGGAGAAAGCGGGUUAUCCAGUAGGAUGGGUCACUCAUGAGAACUACAAAGCGACCAUCGUCCUGUAGAUCUACGAGGGGCACCUAGCGCGUAUAUAGGACACUUGCCUGGACGAGAAGCGAUAGACUAUGCCGAGGUGCAA